AUGUCAACAAAACGUAAGCAUGAAAAUACUCCCAGAAGAUUUAUCAGGUUUUGUCAUGAACAUUCCAAUCUUAAAUAUUUCAUAUACCUUCAAAUAUUACUUGAUAUGCUUUUGCACACGACAUUAUAUAAAGAAGAGGGAAAAGAAGAAAAGAAAAAAAGCAAGAAAACAAAACCAAGAAGCUCCAUUACAAACGAAAAACAAACUUCAUAA